AUCAGGCAAACGUUGACGAGAAAUUGCAACUUACUCGCCCUCAUAAACAGAGUCGCUUCGAUCCACAAAUGGAUGAAAAUAAGAGUAAGAUGUCCCCAUCGGCUCAAGACGGAGCGACACAUCACAAACGUCGGAAGUUGGAUGAUCCAGCAGACCCUUCGAACCGAUCUGGGACCUAUCACUCUCAAGCAACGAAUAUGACCCUUGAUAAACGAUCACCACCAAUGCCAGAGAUUAAAACUCUCGAUCAGAUCCGCGCAGAGAUUACCAAUCUCUUUGACGAGGAGCGACGACUCCUGAAGGAAGAGAUCAUUUCUCAAAAGGAGCUGCAGAAGAAUCUAGCGCUGCGCCUAGCUGAAUUGACAAAAUGUUGUCAUGAAGCAAAGGCUGCUCAGGUAUCAGCAGAAGCGAGAAUGAUACAACUGGAAACUGAGCUGGAUAUCAAGAUGGCAGAGCUCGCGGAUUUGCGUCAGAGUAUUCAAGCCGCGCAAGAUGCUGCGCAGCAGAAUGCUGCUGUGAACAGAAUAUCUGAGCUGCAAGAGAAAGGCAAAUCUUGUUCGCUGGCUCAAGAGCCCGCCAGCCGUCAACCAACUCCUCAGUCAAUCGUCAAUGAGCUCGACGAAGCCAAUUUGAAAAUUCGAAAACUGGAGUCCGAGAAAAUUGCCCUUUGCGAGGAACUUCUGGAUCUGCUUCCAAGGGUGGAACGUGUUCACGAACUUGAGGAGAAACUACGAUCGAUCAACAGUGCCGAUGGUACUCCUCGCAAAGUUGUCAAAAGUGUCAUCCUUAGCGAUGAUGAUGAUGACGAGGUGGCGCCAGAAAAAUGUCAUGUUGCAUCUCAGACUUGCUUGAAAGAUUUUAAGAGGAAAAGCUCCCGUCUGCUCGAGAAGCAGCACAAGGGUGUAGCACAGCGCAUAGCAGAAUCGACAAAAUGUCGUCAGGAAGCAAAGGCAGCCCAGGCAUCAGCAGAAGCGAAAAUGACACAACUGAAAACGAAGGCUGAAUCUGACUCCAGUUCAUUGAAGCUUGUCUCUUCAAAUCCAGCGAAGAAGACGAAUAGAAGAAAGGGAAGACGCAGAGCAAAUGCAUCUUCCAGUUGUAAAUCUGAUAAUGGCGACAGGAAUGCAUCGCAGACGCGGAGGAUUUGGGCGGGCGAAAUACCCGUUGUGCCAUCGGAUCCAAAGUUCUUCGAGAUUAAUUGGGAGACACAGUGCAAACAGCGGAGGGGCAAACAGUUCUCGUGCAAAAGGUGCAAGUACACCUCGAAGGCACGACUGGCUGUGGAAGAUCACGUAUGGGUUUGCCAUUUUAAUGGACGAUUUGGGUGCCCUCUUUGUCCAGAUAUUGUCACCAAAUGGAGGUAUGAUACGAAAAGACACUGGAUGGAAAAACAUCACGAGUGAUUGGAAAUCUGUUGUUUUUUAAUGCAAAAUGAUGCACGUACGGUAUAUUUCUACGAAAAAUUUAGCGCAUUGGUUAAUUAAUUCCAUUGAAUUUUUAUUGAAAAUUCUAUUAGUUUUAUGAAGAUUGUAUUGACGAAAUAAGUAUUGCAUGAGAUGAUAUAAUUUUAUUGAUCUUUUAUAUGCAAUAUAUUGUAUUAAACAUUCCUAUUUUUAAAAAAUCGUGAAAAACGACGACAUUUUUCACUAGAAUCGACGAAAUUAAUAGAAAUUUCAAUACAAUGCAAUAAAAUUUUCUAGCGAAUGCACUAGGUUUUUUCAUGAAAUUUUUUCGUGCACGUAAACUGCGAUCGUUGAGUUAUCCAAGGUGUUUAUUUUAUGAUUACUAGAAUAAAGAUCUAUAAUUCUAUCAAAUUUCCCAGUGAUGUGAAUGAGUUUAGUGGAUAUUGCUGGUUAUACAAACAAUGUUCGUAGUUAAAUUUUGUUUUCAGUUUGAUAUUCUUAGAAUUUUAUUCAUUGUAAAAAUGCAAGGUCCCUCGAUACCAUCCACGCCGAAUAGCCAUCUUAAUCUAAAAGAUA